AUGUUUUGUUAUGCUUCAUCUGCUGGAGAACGAGGCAUCCAAGUUAUUAUUGUUGGUGUAGGGGGUGCAGCCCAUUUGCCAGGUAUGGUAGCUGCAUUGACACCCUUACAUGUCAUUGGAGUUCCUGUGCGUGCUUCUGCAUUAGAUGGCCUUGACUCCCUUCUCUCAAUUGUUCAGGGUUCUGCAGGAGAAACCAAACUUGAGAAAGAGAAAGUGGGAGAUAAAGAAAGUGAAUCUAGUGUGAUUAAGGAGGACGUGUCUGAAGCUGAAGCACUUCCUGUGAUUAUAGACUUACUGUAGGUUUGAAAAACUGAAUUCGUGUAACUUUUGCUGCAGACCCAUCUUCUCUUGAAGAAGCUUUUGAUAGAGUGAAGCCUUUUUGCCAAAAGCAUUCUCAUCAGCAAAAGGUUCAUAUUCUCUUAAAAAGGAAAUUGUCAAAGGAUAAUUUAGUCAUGACUUUCUUUUAAUGGGUUACAUG